UAAAAAUACUAGGGCUUGGGUAACAAAAUGUGGCACGAGGGCCGGGUCUGGCCCAGGUCAAGACAAGCACGACCUUUUAUUUUAUUUUUUACAUUUUUUUUCUUCAUUUUACCCAGCGUGGCCCGACCCUCAUGGGAAUAGGGGUGGGCACGGCCCGACCCUCAUAGGAAUAGGGCAGCCCUAAGGCCAGCCCUGGCCCGGCCCGUUGCAGCCCUCCUGCACCUGUUAUUCAAAAUGGUGGUGAAAUUCUUAAGAAGUAACGUUUUUUGGGGCAAAUUCCAUCUCUCUUUUGACGAGGACGGCAUUUGUCACAUGAGAAGGACACUGUAUUUUUAAAUUUUAAUUAUGAAGAAAACGGAUGGAUCUUUCCCCAAAAUUGAAUUUUCGCAAGUUUCUGUUAUAAUUCACUUUGAUAUUUGAUGAGCACUAAGAAAUCAACAUGAUUUUGGGGAACGCCACCUUUACUGUAACAUGUCCUUCUUACGAGCGUUCGAAGAAUUGGUUUAGGGCUUCCAGUUUGAAAAUCAAAGGAGCUACUGUCAAAAGCAAUCAUGGAAAAAGGAGGUGCGCAUGCUAUGAUCUUUAUAAAGAACUUAUUCCUUAUAGAGAAGCAUGGCUAUUGCAAAAGUCCAUGCUGGAAAAGAAACUGGUUAUGAUGGACCGUAAUGAAGAUGAUUCUGACAUUGCAAUCAUUCUACAACACCCUCCUGUGUACACAUUGGGCACAAGUAGUUCAGAGAAGUUCCUGAAUUUUGAUAUACAAGAUCCUCCCUAUGAUGUCUAUCGAACUGAACGAGGGGGGGAGGUCACAUAUCAUGGUCCAGGGCAGCUUGUCAUUUAUCCUAUUAUUAACCUACGAUAUCACAAAAUGGAUCUCCAUUGGUACCUUCGGUCACUUGAGGAGGUUGUUAUUCGAGUUCUCGCAUCCUGCUUUUUCAUAAAUGCUUCACGAAUUGAGGGCUUGACUGGAGUUUGGGUUGGCGACCAGAAGAUAGCGGCCAUCGGGAUACGUGUCUCCAAGUGGAUAACAUAUCAUGGACUUGCACUGAAUGUUAUAAAUGACCUUGCCCCAUUUAAUCAUAUAGUGCCGUGUGGUAUAACAGACCGUAAGGUUGGCAGUGUUGCAGAGCUCGUAGGAGAAGCUAUAGAUCCUCACGAGCUUUUUGAUAUUGUUCAUGCGUCUUUGUUAAAGGAAUUCUCUGAAGUUUUUCAGCUCUCUCUUCAGCCUCAUUCAAGUUUAGACUUGGCCAUUGUGAACAAUAGAACUUUAGACAAUGUGAAAUGUAUCAGUUAAUAGGAUACAUAGAAUUAGAUGGCUUUUUGCAGGUUAUGGGCGAAAAUUCUCAGCAUAUCCCACAAUUAAUGAACGUGAAAUUGUAUGAUAAAAAUGUUGAUUAUUGCCUAUUUAUCGCAUUGUUGUGUAUUAUUAAAUAUAAA